GUUAUUUUUUUGGGUUUUUUGGUUAUGAAAAUUUACAUUUACUUUUACAUUUUACAUUUUUUCAAAUUAGAAACAGCAAAGUACGGGGUCAAAGUCUAAAAUAUUUAGGUCUACUUUGAACUUCACUUAUUUAUAUAUAUUUACGUUUAUUCGGUGUAAAUCUAAAUAGAUCAAAAUGGCUUUAAGUUCUGCAAGAAAUAUUGUAAAAAGUCCAAUUACUUUAGGACUUACGAAGCACCAAAGUAAUACUUUAAGGACAUUUUCAUUGGGUGUGCAGCUCAAACAAAAGAAGACUUUGACUCCAAAAAAUGGUCAGAAUAUUGUUUUAGUUGAUGGGGUUCGAACCCCUUUUUUGAUGUCCGGUACAGAUUAUUCAAAGCUCAUGCCGCAUGAGUUAGCCCAACAGGCACUUAGUGGCAUACUUAAAAAGACUGGUGUUCCAAAGGAGGUUAUUGAUUAUGUAAUAUAUGGCACUGUGAUGCAAGAAGUAAGAACUUCCAAUAUUGCACGAGAAGCUGCGCUAGCUGCAGGUUACAGUGACAAAACACCUGCACAUACUGUAACUAUGGCUUGUAUUUCAUCAAAUGUAGCAAUAACAUCAGCAAUUGGUCUAAUUAACAGUGGAAUUUAUGAUACUAUAGUUUGUGGAGGUGUAGAAUUUAUGUCUGACAUUCCUAUUAGACAUAGCAGAAAAAUGAGAGGCCUAUUAUUAAAGGCUAACAAGGCAAAAAAUCUUCAGCAGAGAUUAACUCUACUAUCUACUAUUCGGCCCGAUUUCUUUGCUCCAGAUUUACCAAGUAUUGCAGAAUUUUCGUCUGGAGAAACUAUGGGUCAUUCAGCAGAUAGAUUGGCUGCUGCUUUUGGAGCAAGUCGCAAAGAACAAGACGAUUUUGCAUUAAGAUCACAUAAAGCUGCUCAAGAGGCAUCUGAUAAAGGUUAUUUAACUGACAUCAUUCCAUUCCAAGUACCUGGAGUUGUCAAGCCCGUAGAAAAGGAUAAUGGUAUUCGUGUGUCAACUCCUGAAAAAUUAGCUUCGCUUAAACCGGCUUUUAUCAAACCCCACGGAACUAUCACAGCAGCUAAUGCUUCAUUUUUGACUGAUGGUGCUUCAGCUUGCAUUGUAACAACAGAAGAAAAAUGUAAACAACUAGGUCUCAAACCAAAAGCAUAUCUAAGAAAUUUCUUGUAUGUAUCACAAGACCCUAUUGACCAAUUGCUUCUUGGACCUGCUUAUGGUACACCCAGAAUUUUGGAAAGAGCUGGUUUGACACCCAAGGAAAUUGACGUUUGGGAAUUCCAUGAAGCUUUCGCUGGUCAAAUUCUGGCAAACUUGAAAGCUUUGGACAGUGACUGGUUUGCUCAAAAGUACAUGAAUAGGCAAUCAAAAGUAGGAGCUCCUGAUUUAAAUAAAUUCAACAACUGGGGAGGUUCUCUUUCAAUAGGCCAUCCAUUUGCUGCUACUGGUGUAAGACUAGCCAUGCACACAGCCAACAGAUUGGUAAGAGAAGAUGGUCAAUUUGGAUUAGUAGCUGCCUGUGCUGCAGGAGGACAAGGAGUAGCAAUGAUAUUGGAGAGACACCCUGAUGCUAGUCCCAACUAAUGUUAAUUUUAAGUAAUAUUUAUAUUAAAAGAUUAGGGCGAAAAUAUUUUUAUACAGUUAUUUUUUAAAAUUAUAUUACUAGAAUAAGUCUAAAAAAAU